AUGCAGAACUAUGGGCCGCAAUUCGAGGGCGCGAACCACCAGAUGCAGCAGCCGUUCUUCCAGUACUCGCAGUGUAAUGGGCGGCGCAAGGCACUUUGCAUCGGGAUCAACUACUUUGGCCAGAGCGCUGAGCUGAAAGGGUGCAUCAACGAUGCGCACAACGUCAAAAACUUCAUCUGCAGGCAGUACGGGUAUAAAGAGGACGACAUCGUGAUGCUGACGGACGACGCGAGCAACCCCAGGCAGAUCCCGACGAAGGAUAACAUCCUGGCAGCUAUGCAGUGGCUCGUCCGGGAUGCCCAGCCCAACGAUUCCUUGUUCUUCCACUACUCUGGACAUGGCGGACAAACCAAGGACUUGGAUGGGGACGAGGCGGAUGGUUAUGACGAAGUCAUUUACCCCGUCGACUUCGACACCAACGGCCAUAUUGUCGACGAUAUCAUGCACGAGAUUAUGGUCAGGCCUCUCCCUCCUGGGUGCAGGCUGACAGCUAUCUUCGACUACUCGACCGAAGGCAAAAUCAAAGAGCCCAACCUGGCCGCAGAAGCCGGCCAGGGCCUCCUCUCCGCCGUCUCCUCCUACGCACGCGGCGACAUGGGCGGCGUAUUCUCGUCCGCGAUGGGCAUCUUCAAAACCGCGACCGGUAACACCAAGAAGGCGGAGCAGUAUGCGCGGGCGACGAGGACGAGCCCCGCAGACGUUAUUUCGUGGAGCGGGUGUAAGGACUCGCAGACGAGUGCGGAUACAUUUGAGGCUGGGCAGUCGACCGGCGCUAUGAGCUUUGCCUUUAUAUCGGCACUCACUCAAAACCCGCAGCAAAGCUACCAGAUGUUGCUCCAGAGUAUACGGCAAAUCCUUCGGGACAAGUACAGUCAGAAGCCUCAGCUAUCGAGCUCUCACCCGAUCGAUACGAACAUUAUGUUCAUCAUGUAA